GCGGAUCCGGAAACGGAGCAGCUGAAAGGCGGAAGUGGAGGCCGCAGCCUGAGACCCAGCUGGGGCGGGGGCGAGAGGAGACCCCGGAGCUUUGGAAACCCACCUUCCCUGAGUGAAUCUGAGUCCACAACCAGCACAAUCCCCUUGCCCCUGAAGUCUGGGCUCUUGGCACUGCCGCACUGUAACGGACCAUGGCGGGUCGAGGUGGAGCUGCUCGACCGAAUGGACCAGCUGCUGGAAACAAAAUUUGUCAAUUUAAACUUGUCCUCUUGGGGGAGUCGGCAGUGGGGAAAUCCAGCCUCGUCCUGCGGUUUGUCAAGGGCCAGUUUCACGAGUACCAGGAAAGCACAAUCGGAGCUGCCUUCCUAACGCAGACAGUCUGUCUGGAUGACACGACGGUGAAGUUUGAGAUCUGGGAUACAGCGGGACAAGAAAGAUACCACAGCUUGGCCCCGAUGUAUUACAGGGGCGCCCAGGCAGCCAUUGUAGUCUACGACAUCACCAACACGGACACGUUUGUACGGGCCAAGAACUGGGUGAAGGAGCUGCAGAGGCAGGCCAGCCCCAACAUCGUAAUUGCAUUAGCAGGCAACAAGGCCGACCUUGCCAGCAAGAGAGCUGUGGAUUUCCAGGAAGCCCAGACGUAUGCGGACGACAACAGCUUGCUGUUCAUGGAGACCUCGGCGAAGACGGCGAUGAAUGUGAAUGAAAUCUUUAUGGCAAUAGCCAAGAAGCUGCCGAAAAACGAGCCCCAAACCGCGGCCGGCACUCAGGGCAGGAAUCGGGGUGUGGACCUGCAAGAGACCAGCCAGCCCGGCAGGAGCCAGUGCUGCAGCAACUGAGCCGCCGUUCCCACCCGACCGACACCCUUCCAAUGACCUGGCUGGAAUCCACUCGACCCCAUCGCACUUACGGUAGAGCAGCUGGCAAUGGCAGCUGCCGUGAUUUCUCCAUCUCCUUCUGAUCCUAGGCUGGAGGGAGCUAGUCCACCUGCACCUUUCUGUACAAAUACUAAUUCCAUUUUAAGUCUUAAGUCACUUUUUUAAUAUAUGAACUGCUCUUCCCUCUUCUUGGUGGUGGAUCCGUGGGCUGGCCUCUUCCCGCCUUUGCUAGGUGAGGGCUAGAGCCGAACGGCUCCCACAAGCUUCUCGUUCGCUAUUGGAAACAAGGGUCCUUCGUCCCUUAGCUGGGCUCUUGCUUCAGAGCUAUCCACGUGAACAAGCCACGGCUCAUUCAGUGCCACAUGCCUAGAACAACCACGAAACACAACCACAGCAUUAGAAUGCCAUUCAGCUCCGGCGUCCGAGCUCUGGCUUGACCAAAUCACAAUGAGUAUUUUGGGGUGAGGGUGAGGGGGGGCAGAGGGGAGCAAAACUGGUUUCUUCUGUAUUUUGUAUUGUACGUUUCUUCAACAUGUAACCAAUCAGUAUCUUGUCAAUAUAGUACAUACCAACUAGCCUUCUGUCGUCCUCUUGGUGUUGGACUUUAGCAUGCCAACUCUUUUCUAGCUCUUCAGUUCUGGUGUAAUGCACUAAUAAUCCUCUUGCAAUUUUUUGCAAAAAAAAAAAAAAAUCUUGUAUAAAAAAAACAAAAGAAAAUUGUCCUUUUUGACAGUGAUGUGAUGCCACUAAUGUUAAUAACCUUGCUCUAGUGCAAACCGCUCUGGUUUACUGAUGUACAGAGAUGGGGGUGGGGGAGACUGGGAGGAAUUUGUCUGUGGAAACCAUCUGUAUUAAACCUGUAAUUCCACAAAAUAAAACCUGGAGGGAGGUAUUAAAAUUGCUUCUGUUGCUGGAGUCUAACUCACGUUGGCUGCUGCCUAGUGCCUGAUGCAAUGUUAUACAGAUUGGUAUUUAAAGAGGAACUGUCAACUUAGUCUUCAUCACAAACUUAUGUUGUGUGAUUAAAAAAAAAUUUUAUAAAUCCAAUGUGACCAGAAA